AUGGCCGGUGUGCAGCAGCGGCGAAAAUGGUAUCACCUUCAAUGGUUUUCCGACGAGGAUACGAAGGAGGAGCGGCGUCUCAUUCUCAAACUCGAUCUUUUGAUCGUUCCCUAUGCUUUUCUGGCUUACUGGACAAAGUACAUUGACCAGGCUAAUAUUAAUAAUGCCUACGUUUCCGGUGUUCAAACCGACUUGAACCUCCAUGGAAAUGAACUCGUACAACUGCAGACCAUGUACACACUUGGUGCUGUCCUAGGCCAGAUUCCUUUCGCCUAUCUGUUCACCAAAUUUCCGAUGUCGUGGCUUAUUCCGUUUCUGGAUAUCGCUUGGGGAAUUUUCACCCUGUUGCAGUAUCGGGUGACUUCGUACUCGGAGCUGGCAGCUUAUCGAUUCCUAGUUGGAUGGUUUGAGGCUGCUUUCUUUCCAGGAAUGCAUUACAUCUUUGGGGCCUGGUAUCGUGGCGACGAAAUCGCCCGUCGAGGCGGCUGCUUCUAUGUCGGACUCACCCUAGGCACACUAACUGCAAGUCUGAUCCAAGCCGGUGCUUCAUCAAGGCUCGACGGAGUCAACGGUCUCGCAGGAUGGCGGUGGAUGUACAUUAUUUGUGCCAUCAUCACAAUUCCCAUUGGUAUACUCGGCUACUUUAUUCUUCCCGGAACCCCAGAUAAGCCAAACAAGUUUAUCUUGAACGAUCGCGAUAUCGGAGUUGCACAGAACCGACUAAAACGCGCUGGACACGGCAUCUCCGGCGCUUUUAGAUGGAAGACGUUCUUCGAUAUCCUUCAAAACUGGAAGUUCUGGGCGUUCCUCUGGCUAGACAUCUUCUUCUGGAACGCAUGCUACAACACCAACGCCGGAGGCUAUCUUCUCUGGCUGAAGAGCCUGGACAGAUAUUCCACCAGCAAAAUAAACGAGCUAAACGCCAUAUCCCCAGCACUGGGUAUUUUCUACACCCUUUUCAUCUGCUUCGCAUCCGACCUCGUCCUGGGCCCAGCCUGGGCCAUUACAGUCGCACACACCUGGAAUAUCGUCGGCCUAAUCAUUCUGAUCGUCUGGAAAGUCCCCGAAUCUGCACUCUGGUUUGCAUUCGCGACUACCUACUCCUCUGUCGGCAUGUCAAGUGUCCUGUAUGGCUGGAUGAAUAGUGAGCUUCGGUACUCACCAAUAGUACGGGCUGUGGUCUUGGUUAGUACUACCGUCAUUGCUCAAUCUACGACUAUCUGGACGCCGCUGUUGGUGUUUAAGACGGUUGAGGGGCCACGGUUUACGAAGGGGUAUUCGUUUGUACUUGCGAAUGCUAUUUGUUUGAUUUUGACGGCGCAUCUCAUUCGGUAUUUCACUGCGCGAGAGGGGUAA